GCUACGGCCCCCAUGCUCCUGCAGUUUCCUGCAUUGAUUGUUUUUUUUCGCUCUUCUCAUAACGAGUAGUCUUGUAGCGUUACAUUAGUUCGUAGUAGAAAGGAUGGUAACCAGAUGCUCUGGUGGACUGGGGAUGAGAUUCUCUGCUUUCCAUAGAACUUAUGUUGUUUUCUCCAAAUAUUGUGUGUUUUUGCCACAUGAUAACAUAUUCAUAGUCUCAGAGAUAAACGUGCCAGCGGUGAACAUUUAUACUUCUCCCUUUUGCAUGCUGAAGGUGAUUUGUUCUGUUUAGUUCAACGAGUCUGAAAGACAACUUCUUUAGUAUUAAUUACUGAUUUCUUUAUUGUAAAAAGGCGGUGGCCGUAAUGCCGUUGUAGUGAAGUAAUAAUCUAAUUAGUGAACUUAUGUUAAUAUUAUAUCUGUCCAUAUAUAACUGUCAGAAGCAUAUUUUUAAUUCAUGUGCUCAUGAGAAUGAAAAUUUUCCAUUGUUUUGCUGUGAUGCUGUCAAAUGAAGUGAAAAUAGAUAAAUAGUAUCGUUUAUAUUGCCUUAUGAAAGAACCACGAGAAUUGCAUCACUAUUUUUAGAAAAAGAACCACGAGAAUUGCAUCACUAUUUUUAGAAAUUACAAUUUUCUCUGUUACCUUACUACAUUAGUUCGUUUUGAGAUCAGUUUUUCUGCAACCUCCAUCCAUGUUAUGACUAUGUUAAUACAUUCCAUUGGCUACUAUAAAUGUACCAUAUUUUCGUUGGUUAAUGUGGGGUUUCAUCUCUAGCCUACCCCAAGUUGCUUAGAAUAGAAGGUUAUCUUGUUGUAUGUAUCCGUUACUGCUUCAAGUUGGAAAAACAUGUCAUCUCUGCGAGUGUAGCAGAAAUAAAGGAGGGUGUGUAUUUACCCUUUUGCCCACAUUCUUCCUAUCAGUUGGAAUAUUUCACGCCCACCGGUCUUCACUUAUCCCUGCUGGAAUAUCACUCUACAGUCUCCACGCCCUCCAUUCGCUCCGCCGCAUGCCACAGCCCCAUCAAUUCCAGGCUCUGCCACCUACACUCCUCUAUCCACGCAUUGCUACCACCCUCGCCAUGUUCUGUGGCCACAAUCCCAUUGAUUUCUGCCUUCGCUGACUGCCGCCAUUGAGGCACUGCCGUUGCAUGGUGCUCUGCUGCUGUAUCCAGAUCCACGAUUUCUGCUGCCACCGAGAUGCUAGCUUCUGUUGUUGUGCUUGAUGAGAUGGUUAGCAUUCUACGUUUCCCAUUUCCUGAUUAGCAAUGGAGAUUUUGUGCGGUAAGAGAGGAAGACGAGGAGGCAUUGGCAAAAGUGGAAGAGCCUGCCUCUUCGUGUCAAAACGUUAUGUUUUUAUUUUUAUGCACCUUUUGAAUUAGCCUGUAGUGUCAUGUUUUUUCUGUCUGGGCAGUAUUUUACUAUUUUUAUGCUGCUCCUGGAUGGCUUGAUCAAUCCCUGUGUAUUUUACUUCCGACACAUUGUUUCCAAAUCUGAUCUGCAGCUGUUAUGUCAGCUUUACAUUUCUGCAUGUACAAUGAUGCAUUGCUUGCUAUUUAUAAAUUUCUUUUUUUUUCCUGCACUGGCCUGUUUUAGUAGGCUACUCAAUGCUCUGAUGUUCUCAUAUGCUUGUAAGCAUAUAUGUAGUUAAUGUCUUAAUACUUUUGAGGAUGAUUGUGAACUUGUCAGGUUGUUUUGAUCGUUUACAAGAUUUACCCUGCAUAACCUUUAAGAUGUCAGCACCAUUGUGGCUGCAGUUGCUUUUAUUCAGGAUCUCACACUGGCUGCUGAUGUUCUUCUAGCCUAUAAUAAUUUUGAUCAUGGUGCAGUCUUGGUAGCUGUUUCCUUAUGCUUGUCAGGAGAUAACUUGUUCUUCUAAGGGCAUGUCAUAAGCCAAUCAAAUUACCAGGUCGCACAGAUAAUGAAAUUAAAAAUUACUGGAACACCAGAUUGAAGAAGCAUCAGAGAGCUGGUUUGCCUAUCUAUCCAGAAUAUUUGCUUUCUCGGGUUCCGGAUCAAGACAUGAACUGUCACACUCCUGAUGAGUCACGUGGCAAGAAACGUUCAAAUGAGUUACCGCAGGAAAAAGUUGUUGGUAUGGAUGAUCUUGUGGGUGAUUUUAUGGUAUUUCAGCACCUUGACUAUGGUAAGGAUCCAGUGGUUCCAAUCAACCCUCUAAAGCGCCAUGCGUCUACUGGUGAUCUGUCGUGUGUGCAAAUUCCUGCUAAUACUGAGAAGACAUUUUAUUCCAAUGAUUUGAACUAUGUUUUGACAAAGAGUCAGUCAAUGCCUCUGGGUAGUGCUAUUGCCAAUGGCUAUCCUAUAUUUGAUGGCAAUCUCUCUACUUCUGGUACCAUACAUGGGUCCAUGAAGACAGAGCUCCCUUCAUUCCAAUGUUCCAAAUAUGACUUUAGUAAUUGCUGGUUGCUUCAAUGCCCCUCGGCAUCUAUUGAACAACAGAUUGACACCUUUAUUCAAUCUCCAGAGUUCAUGUCAUCACAUAACAAUGGUCUGCUGGGCACAAUCAUUAACAAGGGUGAUGUGCUAGAUGACCCUAUAAAGUCUGAAAGAUUUUUUGAAAUGCCCAUCCCUCUUGGAUGCAAUAUAGUUUCACAAUCAAAUGAUUACCCUGCGAGGCAUCCUUCCUCUUCAGUCAAUGGUGAUUGUGAACCUGACUUGUGUCUUCUCGCUGAAAUUCAAGAUUCAAACUCACCUUCAGGGGGUUCUGAUGCUAUUUUCACUCUCGGCAAAAGUUAUCCAGAUGCUAAUUUUUCUGUUGCUGGGAUGUCUGGUACAUCACUAGAAGCAGGCUUCUUAAACGAUGAUUCACUACUCUCGAAGGACCAGUCCUAUCUCUACUCGUCGGGUUCACUGUUUGAUGAGGAGCCUUGUGAAGAGCGUAAGCCGUUAAUUGAUGCAGGCCAAUGGUUUGAUUCUGCUGCCUGGAAAAGCGUGCCAGGUGCUGGUAACACGCCUGACUUUCCAGGUCCUUGAACGGCCCUUCUCUAUUGGGCAACCAGCGCUAUGGUGAACACAUAUUAGAGGAACCAAAGAGCUAUCUUUUGCAACAACCAUGAUUGCCUAGUUGUUCAAAUAAAUGGAGACUUGCCCUGCUACUGUUAAGAGUCUUAUAUUGUUAAAUUUGUUUGGUAAAGACCUUGAGUGCUUGAACUUCAAAUUCAUUUGGUUUGGUGUGAUACGUCUGAACUAUGUACAAGAACUACAGUAUUUGAUAUGACGUCUGAACUAUGCUAAAAAGACCUAUUUCAUUCUUUGAUGUAAAGGGUUCUCUUGGGACCAAUACGAAUGUUUCAUGUGCUGUC